GGCCGAACCGAGGGGUGGGGAGAAGGGGAGGAGGCCUCAGCAGCAGAGAGAAGUGGCCAGAGAGGCCCAGGGGACAGCCAGGGACAGGCAGACAUGCAGCCAGAGCCCCGAGGCCUGGACAGGGGCUGCCAGGCCCCGUGACGGGAGGACCCCGAGCCCCCGGCCCGGGGAGGGGGCCAUGGUGCUGCCUGCCCGACAUGUCAGCCGAGGUGCGGCUGAGGCGGCUCGAGCAGCUGGUGCUGGACCCCGGCUUCCUGGGGCUGGAGCCCCUGCUCGACCUUCUUCUGGGCGUCCACCAGGAGCUGGGCGCCUCCGACCUGGCCCAGGACAAGUAUGUGGCCGACUUCUUGCAGUGGGUGGAGCCCAUCGCCGAGAGGCUUAAGGAGGCCCGACUGCAGAGGGAUGACUUCGAGAUUCUGAAGGUGAUCGGACGCGGGGCGUUCAGCGAGGUGGCGGUGGUGAAGAUGAAGCAGACGGGCCAGGUGUACGCCAUGAAGAUCAUGAAUAAAUGGGACAUGCUGAAGAGAGGCGAGGUGUCGUGCUUCCGCGAGGAGAGGGAUGUGUUGGUGAACGGGGACCGGCGCUGGAUCACGGAGCUGCACUUCGCUUUCCAGGACGAGAACUACCUGUACCUGGUCAUGGAGUACUACGUGGGCGGGGACCUGCUAACGCUGCUGAGCAAGUUUGGGGAGCGGAUCCCAGCCGAAAUGGCGCGCUUCUACCUGGCCGAGAUUGUCAUGGCCAUAGACUCAGUGCACCGGCUGGGCUAUGUACACAGGGACAUCAAACCCGACAACAUCCUGCUGGACCGCUGUGGCCACAUCCGCUUGGCCGACUUCGGGUCCUGCCUCAAGUUGAGGGCGGACGGAACGGUGCGGUCGCUGGUGGCUGUGGGGACCCCGGACUACUUGUCCCCUGAGAUCCUGCAGGCUGUGGGCGGCGGGCCCGGGCUGGGCAGCUAUGGGCCCGAGUGUGACUGGUGGGCACUGGGAGUGUUCGCCUAUGAAAUGUUCUACGGGCAGACGCCCUUCUACGCCGACUCCACGGCUGAGACCUACGGCAAGAUCGUGCACUACAAGGAGCACCUGUCUCUACCGCUUGCCGACGCAGGGGUCCCCGAGGAGGCCCGAGACCUCAUCCAGCGGCUGCUGUGUCCUCCUGAGACGCGGCUGGGCCGGGAUGGAGCAGGUGAUUUCCAGAAUCAUCCUUUUUUCUUUGGCCUUGACUGGGACAGUCUCCGAGACAGCGUGCCCCCAUUUACACCGGAUUUCGAGGGUGCCACUGACACGUGCAACUUCGAUGUGGUGGAAGACGGGCUCACUGCCAUGGUGAGCGGGGGCGGGGAGACGCUGUCCGACAUGCGGGAAGGCAUGCCCCUGGGGGUCCACCUGCCGUUUGUGGGCUACUCCUACUCCUGCAUGGCCCUCAGGGACGAGGAGGUCCCAGGCCCCACGGCCAUGGAACUGGAGGCCGAGCCAUUGCCUGAGCCACCUGUGCGGGCGCCCAGCCCAGAGCCCACGGUGCCGCCACCAGAGGAAACAGCCGAAGCGGCAGCUCCGGAGGCCCUUCCCGCGGCGGCGACGGCGGCGGUGGCGACGGAGGCCCAGGUGACGCUGCGGGAGCUCCAGGAGGCCCUGGAGGAGGAGGUGCUUACACGGCAGAGCCUGAGCCGGGAGCUGGAGGCCAUCCGCACAGCCAACCAGAGCUUUGCCAGUCAGCUCCGUGAGGCCGAGGCCCGGAACCGAGACCUGGAGGCGCGCGUCCGGCAGCUGCAGGAGCGGAUGGAGCUGCUGCAGGCCGGGGGAGACGCAGCUGUCACGGGGGUCCCCAGUCCCCGGGCCACGGAUGCACCUUCCCAUCUAGAUGGCCCCCCGGCCGUGGCUCUGGGCCAAUGCCCGCUGGUGGGGCCAGGCCCCAUGCACCGCCGCCACCUGCUGCUCCCUGCCAGGGUCCCUAAGCCUGACCUAUCGGAGGCGCGUUCCCUGCUCCUGUUCGCCGUUGCUCUGGCUGCUGCCGCCGCCUUGGGCUGCACUGGGUUGGUGGCCUGCGCCCACCAUCUCGCCCCGGUCUGGCGCCACCCGGGAGCCGCCUUCGCCCCCUGAACCCUAGGACCCCAAGCUGGAGGGUUGGGUGACCUGGGCACGGCGCAGAAGCCAUUCCUACCGCCUCCCCGUUCACACCGCCUCCCAGCGUGGGUCUCCGCCCGAGCUCCAGCCCUGUGAUCCGGGCCCGCCCCCUGGCGGCCGGGGAGGGAGGAGCAGGGGGCUCCAGGGAGGCUUGUAACCGGGAAUGCUGCAGUUGCUGCUGGGGAGAAUCGCAGACCAACCACCUACUAACUCCGGCCUGGCUGAGGCCCCGCCGUGGAUGGGCAAACUGCGAUCUAGAGGAGACAGCAGGGCCAGGGCUCGGCCAUCAGUUUUUUCACCCUCCACGCGCCCCCCGCCUAUCGGCUCGCAGACCACAAAUCCCUGUGCAUGAGGCCCUACUAUCCCGGGAAUGUUCUCUUCCCGCGGCGAACGUCUAGUGCGAGCCCCGCCCGCCUUCUCGAGAACCUUUUGCUUUCGCCAGCCCCGCUUUUUCGGGGACUCGCGCGCCCUCCUCACGUACGUAGCUCUCGGGGCCACAGCAGGCUCCGCCCGCCUCGGCAGUUUGGGUAUUUAUUGACCUGUCCUCCGACCCGCCAAGUUCCAGGACCCCAGCACCCUAAUCCACGUUUUGGAUGCACUGAGACCCCGACAUUCCUCAGUAUUUAUUGUCUCUCCACACCUAGGACCCCCACCCCCGAUCCUCGCGAAUAAAAGGCCCUCCCGUCUGCCCAA